UCAUGUACAUCAAGUUUUACUCAACAUUCAGCUACAAUACAAUCAGUAAGUGCAGGAACAAAUGGUUCAAUAACAUCUUCUUCACGUAAAAGACGUCAAAGAUUUAAAUAUUUAGCUAAAAGUUCUGUAGGCAAUGAACGUAAAGCAAUGCGUGUAUUACUUAUUAUAUUUUCAAUAUUUGUUAUAUUAUGGACACCAUUUUUUAUUAUUAAUCUUCUUUCUUGUUAUAAAACGGAUAUUCAUCCGAUUUUAAUAUCAACUGCAACAUGGCUUGGUUAUUGUUCAUCAUGUGCAAAUCCAAUUAUUUAUACUAUAUUUAGUCGAGCUUUUCGUCGAGCUUUUGUUAAUAUAUUAACAUGUCGAAAAGUAAUUCAUUCACAUCGUUCAUCAUGUCAUUCAAUGGUUAUGUCAACUGGACGAAAAUUUUCAUCACUUAGCAAAGGACAAAUUGAUCAACGUUAA